AUUUAAAGUUAUAGAAUUUCCUAAAAACAAGCCCAACUGAUGCAAAUCUUUCUCCAUCAGCCAUGCCACCUUGGCGUGAACAUAUCUUUAUAAGGAGAGAAGUUGAUCAAUACUCAGAUCUGCGAUCCCAUGUCAGCACCUAUUCAGAAUGAGUCUCGCGAUAUUAGGCACCAAACCGAAACCACUAUGUUCUACCUUUCCCGAGCAGAGGUCUUUGUCCGGAUAUGCGGGGAAAAUGGGUGACCAACUCAUUUCAGCCAUGCACAGACUGGCUGUCCGCCAGCGGAGGUGCUGCCUAUUUAAUAAACAAGUGACCAGCAUCUUCAGCACCGUCAUGACCAAGAAUUGUCCAUGGAAAGGGACGAUUGAAGUACGCAAGCAAUCAUGCUCGGACUUUCAGAGACCUUCCCGGAGCACUUUGGGCCGAACAACAUACCAUUUGGUGUGGCCUCGUCUCCCACACAUCGGCAGCCAACAUGCGCGACACGAAUCAAUGAUACAGUUAUCUUCCUCGCCCCUCUGGCCAGAUCCGGCAUGUUCGACAAUAUAGCGGGUAACCUUGAGGAAGUCUUUUCAAAGCCAGCCCUCAAUGACUUCGCUGCAUUGCCAAAAUCUAUUUCUCGCUCGGUCCGCGCUGCUCUCCAAUCUAUCAUAUCCAUGGCCGCAUCGACGGAAGAACUUCUGGCGCGGCUCCCGAAGGAAAGCGCCGCCCCCAUCUCAGAAGUGCAGCUUCACUUGCCAGUGGCCGUUGGCGACUUUACCGACUAUUCGGCGUCGGAGAACCACAUGUUGAAUAUGUCGGAAAUCAUUUCUGGCCGACGGGCAACACCACCGUCCUUUUACAAUUUCCCCGUGGGCUACGGUGGCCGAGCGGGAAGCAUCGUCGUGUCCGGAACGCCGAUUGAGCGGCCGUACGGACAGUAUGCCCCGAGAGACCAGAAUACGGGAGCUGCGGCGGGGGGUGGAAAUGCGGCGCGACUUAUGUUCAAUCCAUCGCAGAAAGUCGACUAUGAGUUGGAGGUAGCGGCAGUGAUUGGGAGGCGGCUAUCGAGGGGGGAACGGCUCCACGCGGCCGAUGCAGACAAGCAUAUCUUUGGACUAGUUCUGUUGAAUGACUGGAGCGCCCGAGAUAUCCAAGCACACGAGAUGACCGGAUUGGGUCCAAACAACGGAAAGAGCUUCGGUACAUCAAUUUCGCCAUGGAUUAUCACUUUGGAGGCUCUGGAGCCGUUCAAAAUGGCCCUCGAUUCUCCCCAAAGAACUGUGCCGAGCUACUUGGAUGACCCACACAGUUGUACGUACACCGUUGACCUGACUGUGGAGAUCUUGCAUGGGUCGGAUCAUGCUUCUUCCACUACCGUCUGCACGACAGCACUGCAGACGCUGUACUGGACCUUCCGCCACAUUCUUGCCCAUCAAGCGGUCGGCGGCAGCGGACUGAGAACUGGCGAUGUCGUUGCGUGCGGCACCGUGUCAGGAGCGGCAGACUCGCAGCGCGGCUGUCUGAUGGAGGCGACCAGGGGCGGAAAGCAACCGCUGACCCUGACCGAUGGUAGUACCAGAGUAUACUUGGAGGAUGGCGAUGUUGUGAGACUGACUGGCGCUGCCUCGUCUACCAAAGGCGUAGCAGGAGUUGGAUUCGGAGAGUGUAUUGGCCAGUUGUGUCCGGCAAGACCCUGGCCAUAAUGUGAUAGGUGCCACCGUUCGAUUUAACAGUGCGCUUUGGCAUAGCUUUCAACAUUCGGCAGCCUCAAUGGUAUUCAGUCAAGUUUUGAUAAAGCAGGGGGGUUCCCGCACACUCUUGUUUCCCAAGU